AUGUUCAAACUGAGCAUCGCCACUCCAAUCCCCUGCCAACCCGCAUCUUCUCCCAGUCGAUUUUGUCUUCCGUUUUUCACUAGUUCUUUCUUUCUAUCUUUCUCUUUCGAUAUCUUUCUUCUUCUCUCUCUCUCUCUGUUUCCUAAAUCAACAUUUGAAAUAAUACCCGGUUUCGACCAGUUAAUAACUAUCUAUCUGAGUCUGUUCAUUAUCUAUCUAUCUAUCUAUCUAUCUAUCUAUCUAUCUAUCUAUCUAUCUAACUCCUCUCUUUAUUUGCUUGCAUCUAUCUAUAUAUCUAUGAAUCUGCUUUUCUUUCUUUCUUUCUUUCUUUUUUUCUUUCUUUCUUUCUUUCUUUCUCGCUUGCUUGCUUUCAUUCCUUCUUUGUCUUCACCUAAAACCAUCUUUCUUUCUUUCUUUCUUUCUUUCUUUCUUUCUUUCCCUUUGCUCUCGCCCUUUCUUUCUUGUUUUCUUUUUUCUUUGGCCUUGCGCUCGCCUUUUCUUUCUUUCUUUCUUUCUUUCUUUCUUUCUUUCUUUCUUCCUUCCUUCCUUCCUUCCUUCCCUCUUUCUUUCUUUCUUUCUUGCCCGCUUGCUUACUUGCUUUUUGCUGUUCUUUCUUUCUCCUUGCUCGGAACCUUUCUUUCGUUGCCUUUGCUCAUGCCUUUCCUUUCUUACUUUCUUUCUUUCUUUCUUUCUUUCUUUCUUUCUUUUUUCUUUCUUUCUCUACUUACCCCGAUGCACUCAGAUAGUUACCCGUCUGAUGUCUGUUCUGACUUCACCCCUUCUUCCUUUCCAUUGUAUGUAUUCUUUUUUUCUCUUUCCCUCUCUUGA